CAAUUAUUUGGAACAAUAUCAACACUCAUCCACUCAUUAAAAAGUGAAAAAAUUCCAAGCUUGAAAUUGGUCUCUAUUUUUCUAACCAUUAAACAAUUAAUUGCAGUCUUUGCAGAGUCAACCCUGUUUUAUUAUUAUAAGGUAAUACAGUAUUUGGAGUUCAUCCUUCAUUUGGUUUUCAAAAAUUUGACUUCAAUUACUGUUUUUUCUAACAAUAUCUUUAAAAAUUAAACUAAGUAGUAAUCUUGCAAGUUGCAAAACGACGAGUUUGAUGCAAAAUCUUCCACAAUUUCUGCACUGAAGCGUCAUUGUACCUUUUGUGUGUGGGUGGUUCUGUGGCGGAGCCGCGGAGGAAAGUUUACACAUAUGUUUAUGUUGGCUGGAGCUUGCCACUCGUGCCAUCUCUAGCUCAAGGCAUAUAGAUAGUGAUCUUUAUCAAGGAUAAGCUUUUCAUCAUAAUGUUGAGCAAUUUGGAGCUUACUGAAAUUGUGAUCGACAAUAGAGACAAAGUCAGAAGGGAACCAGAGUCGUCACCAGAGAUAGAAAAUAGAGCGUCAUCUGGUUCAUCCAGAGGAUCUUUGUGCUUCAGGUUGCUAUAUCAUCAACCAGCGAAAGUUCUGGAUCCCAAGGAUAUUUUUGUGCAUAGAUGGAAUAAGAUAAUUUUAAUCUCAUGUGUUAUGGCUUUGGGCUGUGAUCCACUAUUCUUCUAUGUCCCAUUUAUAGAUGGAGAGAAAAAAAGCAUCGAGUUGGAUUGUAUUCUUAAAAGAAUUUCAAGUAUUUUUCGCACAUGUAUGGAUUUGUGCUAUCUACUUCAUAUCAUCUUGCAGUUCUUUAUUGGAUUUGUCCCUCCACCUCGUCGAGCAUUUGGGGAAACUGUAUUAGUCAAGGACCAUGCUGCUAUAGCUAAAAGAUAUCUCUCGUCGUACUUUAUAAUAGAUUUAUUAGCCAUACUACCCCUUCCACAGCUGGUAGUUUAUCAAACUAGUCUAAAGCCGGCUGAUGGUACGAAGAGCUUGUUAGAAUUGGUGAUUUUCACCCAGUAUGUUCCAAGGACUAUUCGGAUUUAUCCUUUGUACAAGUAUUUUCAUAGGACAUCCGGCAUGGUUACUGAUACCAUAUGGGCUGGAGCUGCAUUUUAUUUAUUUCUCUACAUGCUAGCAAGCCAUGUGGUUGGAGCAUCUUGGUAUCUGUUUGCUAUUGAUCAGCGGGUAAGAUGCUGGCACGAGUCUUGUAUGAAACAUGGAUGUAAAAGUCCGUACUGCUCCCUUGAGGAUCCUGACCAGAACUAUGGCUUAUUCUUAGAUGCUCUUCGAUCAGAAGUGGUAAAUUCUACUCAUAUAUUACCGAAACUCUCUUACUGCUUCUGGUGGGGCCUUCGGAGCCUUAGCUCUUGUGGUCAAAAUCUCAACACAAGUAGUUUUUAUUUUGGGGAGAACUUAUUUGCUACGUUGAUUUGUGUUGCUGGACUAAGUCUCUUUGCAUUACUGCUUGGGAACAUGCAGAAAUAUCUGCAAAUGAUGCUUUCAAUUGGUGGCUUGGAAGAGGACAGAAGACGGAAAAAGCUAGCUGUAGAGCAAUGGAUGUCUCGCCGUUUGUUGCCAGGGGAUUUAAAAGAGAGAAUUAGAAGGCAUCAUGAGUACGUUUGGCAAGAAACUAGAGGUGUUAGUGAAGAAAGUGUGAUUGAUUCCCUUCCUAGGGACCUUAGAAUGGACAUAAAGCGGUAUCUUGGCUUGGAUCUUGUUAUGGAAAUUCCAAUGUUUGCAAAGUUGGACGAGAAACUAAAAGAUGCAGUGUGUGAUCAUCUGAAACCAGUGCUAUAUACUAAAAACAGCUACAUUUUACGCGAGGGUGAUCCAGUUAACGAGAUGCUCUUUAUUAUGAGAGGAAGCCUAUUGUCUAUGAGCACAAAUGGGGGAAGAACUGAGUUCUUUGAUUCUGUUUCCCUCAAAGCCGGUGAUUUCUGUGGAGAAGAGUUGCUCACAUGGGCCUUAGAUCCAUAUUCCUUUUCCUGUCUUCCCAUUUCAACUAGGACUGUACAAAGUCUGACAGAAGUUCAAGCCUUUGCAUUUAUGCCUGAUGAUCUCAAGUUUGUGGCUUCACAAUUUCGUAAGCUUCACAGCAAGCAGGUCCAACACACCUUUAGGUUUUAUUCACCACAGUGGAGAACAUGGGCAGCCUGUUUUAUACAGGCAGCAUGGCGGCGAUACCACAGAAGGAAGCUUGAGAGAUCUUUAACAGAGGCUGAAGAAUACGCUCUCCCCAAGAAGGGUGGAAGCUCACCAAGCUUCGGUGUUGCAAUUUAUGCUACAAGGUUUGCUGCCAAUGCACUUGGUAACCUGCGACGUAGAACUCCCCAAUUCAACAGUAUUCCUUCGAGCUCACCCUCACCCCUCCUCUACUUGCCAACUCCAAAGCCAGAUGAACCUGAUUAUGCAUCGAUCUGACAAUGGUUAGCCACUUAGCCUUUCCGACUCCUUCCAUUCCAAGUCAUUGUUGCUUCUUAUGCGUAACCUUGUCCAGUUUGCUGCAUAAGUGAUGCUCCAAAUUCUUCAUCAAUUUUCUCUGUUUUCGUACAAAGUAUCACUAGUUAAGAGAUCAUGCCUCAUGCCAAAUGACAAGGGGUCAAGCCAUCAUGUAUUUCAGAAUUUCUGUAAUUAAUGCAAGUUCUCAAGGAUUGUUUGUUUUUGUUUUUGGUUUACAAGUGAAGGAACUAUAGUUCAAUUGUAACAACUUGUAUGAUAUGCAAAGAUUAUUUAUCUCACGAUGUCAUAAUGUACCUCUUUUAGGUCUA